AAGCGAAGCAAUUAUUAAAUUUUCGGCCGAUCGAUCCAUCUAUAAACAAUAACAAUAACAAUGAUACAUCAUUGCUUGGAUUGACUGUGGAAGAACUAAAUAAAGCCGUUGAAAACGAUUCAAGAGAAUUAAAU